UCCAAGUAAGUCUUGAUCAAGGAGUUUCUGAACAGCUGAACCAAAAUAUCAAUCAAUUUAAUUGCGACGUGUUGCGGCAAUUGUUGUUCCAGAACAUGGCCUUGGCAGAGCUCAUGCGCAGGAGAUGGACCUAAGCCCUUGCAGUCCAACAAGCCCGGGACACAAAUCCCAAGCUGAGGCUGACCUUCUUGAACGCAAAACAACCGUGAUGCGCUUGCAGAACAGGCUUCAGAAGAUCUUUGCCAAGCAAUUGACUCCCGGCAAGAGCGUGUGGUGCUGGCGCUAUGAGAAGAAUGAGUCGGACCACACUUUUCAGGCUUCAGUGCACAUUUCCCUUCUUGACCGAUCAUUCACAGGUGGAUGGGCAGCCACACAUCAGGCUGCACAGAUGGAGGCAUGCAACCAGUUGGCAGCGUUUCUGGACAAAGACUUCAAGGCCUGAGCACAAGAGUAAUUGGCCAGCACAAAGCUGAGACGUAAUGUCGAGCCGACCUGCUCACAGAAUGUUUGAAAGUAUAGACAAAGCCCGACUCGCAGCAGAUCUAGGACCACUAACGUCAUUUGUAAAUUCAACUGCGCAGCUUUUGUAGAAGUGGAUGAGGUUAGUGCGGUUUGUGAGUCCUCAGGAUUUUUGGCUGCGAUUGGCACUCUAUAGCCAUGCAAACGCAUGGCAAGAGAAGUGCUGGGCAUGCAUGUCAGUCACAGCAACCUUUCAAAAGGAAACACCAAUGGCAC